AUGCAUCGUCUUUUUGCUGAGCUGGAGCCAUCUUUAACCGUCACAGAGCAAAACCUGGCAGACCGAGUUCGGUAUAUCUUGCGCUCAAAUAUAUUUGAUGUCGCCGAACUCGGACGGCUACGACGUGAGGCUGUUCCCUCGUCGGAUGAGAAUGCUACGGCUGAGGAUGCGGCGCCACAAAUGGUAGAGCAACCCGCAAACGUUGAUGCCGCCGUGAAUACCCCAGUUGUGGUUGAUUCAAACGAUGAUGGAACAGUCGCCCAGGAACUGGAAUUAGAGCAUAUGAGGAGUACAUUGGAAGAGGCGAUUGUGGAAACGCGCAGUACGCCUCUCGAAAAUCGACCGCGACUUCCCCGCAUAGCCCUAAGCAAGCGGAAUCGGGCUGUCGUGAGGGCUUUGAACCCAAUGCUGGUGACCUAUUUGGAAGCCAGCCGGGACCUUUGCGAGACGGACUCAAUUCUUUUUGGCGCCGCGCUGGCAGUCUGCCGUAUCAUAGGCGCCAAGGUUUCCACGGCUGGACGCGCUACUGGCCAUAGUAGCGCUAUCCCAGCAUGGAGAAGAAGAAUUGAGGAACGUAUCGCAAAGGCUAGAGCUCUCAUCGGCAGACUGAUAUGCUUCAGAUCAGGCAACAACAGGCCAAGAAUUGUGCGCACCGUCAGGGAUGGCGUUUGCUGGGACAAAUGUCAGUUUGUCCCAGCCGGAUAUAACGCAAAAACUGACGGAGCGCAUAGAUGA